UGCAGCUUGCAGAAAGGUACUAAGUACUAUUUACGAAAGAGAGGGACAGGCACAUUGGGAUCUUGAACCCUAACCUAAAUUCUUCAUCAAUCUGUCUACUAAAAGAUGUCUUCAAAAAGAAAGUAGUGGAGGUGGAUAAAAAUAAUCUACAAAUCUUUUGGAAUACUACCAAGUAAUCGAGUUAAUGACUGACAGCUGAAAAUGUUUCCAACAAAACGUUUGAUCCCAGAACUUCUAGCACGGAGCAGUGUCUUUCUCAAACCGGGGAUUUCAUCAAGAUCAUUACCAGUCGUCAGUGGAUUCUUCCGAGGCAAAAGGAGUGACACACGAGAUCCAAAUACUCUUUUUCAUCCAAUUCCAGUGUCAGCAACUUCCGACGACAUAAAUGUUGGCGCCGAAAUAACCGGUGGCUCUUUGAAAAAAUCAGAUCUUCAAAAGAUUCUCGUCAGUUUCUUCCAGCGAAAAGAAAUCACAGAAUUGGCUAAAGACUAUGGCCUGGAUGACGAUCUUCAACGUCAAGCCUUCAACAGCUUUCGCAAAUACUGUUUGGAUGCUGAUACCCUACCAGUAGAUCUCCACGUUGUUGUCUCAGACAUUCUCCAGGGUGCUGGCCACGUGACAGACAUAUUCCCUUACUUCAUCCGUCAUGCAAAAGAAAUUUUCCCUCAUCUAGAUUGUAUGGACGAUUUGAAGAAGAUUUCUGAUCUUCGAACACCUGCCAACUGGUAUCCCCUAGCACGCUCCAUAACGAGGAAAAUAAUUUUUCAUGCUGGUCCAACUAAUAGUGGCAAAACUUAUCAUGCACUCGAGAGAUUUAGAACAGCGAAAAGUGGACUCUACUGUGGCCCUCUGAAACUUUUGGCUACUGAAGUAUUCCGAAAGACAAAUGACUUGGGGACAUCCUGUGAUUUGGUUACUGGGGAAGAGAGGCAAUUCGCCAUGGGUGAAGGACAUCCUGCUGAUCAUAUCUCUUGUACUGUGGAAAUGGCGAGGAUAAGUUUACCUUGUGAAGUAGCUGUUAUCGAUGAGAUACAGCUUCUCAAGGAUUAUGGCAGGGGCUGGGCUUGGACGAGGGCCCUUCUUGGCAUCCCUGCUAAUGAAAUUCAUUUGUGUGGAGAAGCUGGAGCUAUUCCAUUGGUUCAAGCUUUGUGCAUGACAACCGGUGAAAACGUAGAAAUCAGACGAUAUAAACGCCUAACUGAACUAGAAGUAGAAAACGACGCAGUCGGAAGCUUGAGGAAUAUUCGGCCUGGAGAUUGUAUAGUUUGCUUCAGUAAGAAUGAUAUCUACACUGUCUCCAGAGAAUUGGAGGCUCUGGGAAUGGAAGUAGCUGUUAUUUAUGGUGGGCUUCCCCCAAAUACCAAAUUAGGUCAAGCUGCUAAAUUCAAUGAUCCUGAACAUCCCUGUAAAGUUAUGGUUGCAACUGACGCUAUAGGAAUGGGUCUCAAUCUGCACAUAAGAAGAGUUAUUUUUUACUCAAUGAUAAAACCGACUGUGAACGAGAAAGGUGAGAAGGAGAUGGACAAAAUAUCAGUUUCUUCGGCGUUACAAAUAGCUGGAAGAGCUGGUCGUUAUGGAACCCAAUGGGAUAAGGGUUUUGUCACGACAUUUAAACCUGAAGACUUACCUCUCCUCAAGUCAAUACUUAGUCAAAGUCCAGAACCCAUAACACAAGCAGGUCUUCAUCCAACUGCUGAUCAAAUUGAACUCUAUGCCUAUCACCUUCCAAAGGCUGCACUGUCAAAUUUGAUGGACAUCUUCGUGUCCCUGUGCACAGUCGAUGACUCUCUCUACUUCAUGUGUAAAAUCGAUGAUUUUAAAUUUUUAGCGGAUAUGAUUCAGCACGUGCCUCUUCCCCUUAGAGCGAGAUAUGUCUUCUGCUGCGCACCAAUCAACAACAAAGUCCCUUUUCCCUGUACAAUGUUCCUUAAAUUUGCAAGGCAGUAUAGUAAGAAUGAGCCAAUCACAUUUAACUGGUUAUGCCAACAAAUCGGCUGGCCUUUUCAACCGCCACAAAGAAUAAUCGACUUGGUUCACUUAGAAGCUGUUUUUGAUGUGCUCGAUCUCUAUCUCUGGCUCAGUUAUCGAUUUAUGGAUCUGUUUCCUGAUACCAAUAUUGUUAGAGACGUUCAGAAAGAACUUGAUGCCAUUAUUCAGGAAGGAAUUGUUCAAUUAACAAGAUUACUUCAAAAUUCGGAGACUGGCGUGAGCAGUGGAGCUGCAUCACUUUCUGAUGAAGAUAAUUUUGCACUCAAUACACAGAAGAAUAAAUAUUAUAGGGAGUCUGCAGAGGGAAUUGGCAGGGGAAGGCUCACUGAGAGAUUACUGUCUCAGGGUUUAUUAACACCUUCGAUGAUUCAAGAAUUGCAAAGGGAAUGGACGCAGCAGGGACAAAAAGGCAAGUUACCAAUGAAGAAAAAUGGAAAGGGGAGAAAGUGGAAAUGAUGUUUAGAUUUUAAACUAAUAUUUUAGGCUAAACUUGAUGUAUGUAUUAAAGGAUGAAUUUAUAUUUCAA